GAGUGAGAGAGAGAGAGAAAUGAGGGAGGGAGAGGGGAGGUAGGAGAGUACUGAGCUGAGAGGAAUCUGUCAGAUUCAAACACACACGGCUCUCUUGCUGUCUUUGCGAUGAAGAGAAGGAGGGAUGGGAGGAGAGAUCUGAGGAAAAGAUAGAAAGAGACAACAGAGGCGCACAAAGUGAGGUGGCAACGUUCUACUCAAGACACAUUGCUUGUAAAGCGCACACAGAAGAUUGCGCUAGUUCAUUCAUUGAUGUGGGCCAACUGAUGAGGAACAGUCAAACUUGCUGUCAAACUGGCAGACUUUUCCUCUCAUUGCAGGGUGCGAAAACCUGUUGAGACACAGGAUGUGGCCAAUCCGCCCAUGGAUCGGCAUUCCAUGGACACAACAAACCGGCCUGACGUCCCUGGCGAGUGUGGCCAAUCGACGCUGAUGCCGCUGUGCUGUAUGAGGCAGUAGGUCAAUCAAGGCACUGAGGCUGGAAGGUUAAAGGAGAGGCAACUGGGACGUUAAAAGAAAACGCCAGGCUUGGGAGUGGUAGGAGAGAACAGACGAGCAUCAGGGGGGUGGCAAAGAUGAUGACCUCACACGGAAAACUGAGGAGGGAGAAGGGGAGUCUGGCCGAGUAUGAAUCUCAGAUGAAAGACUUGCGGGCUCAACUGACGGACCAGAUUAAGAUUUUGGACUCCCAGAUAGAGGUUAAACAGCAGCAACUCUCGGAUCUCUCUGAGUUCCUCCGUCGACGCGGCGAUAUUGAAGCCGAAUAUGCUCGUGCCCUUGAUAAACUUACCGAGAGGUUCACGCACAAAACUAAGAAGAAGGAGCAGUGGGGUCAGUCGGUGUGUCAAGUCUGGUCCGUUUUGUUGACUCAGACCCGUUUGGAAAGUCGUGAGCACUCAACGUUGGGUGACACCUGCUGCAGCGCACUCACACAGCGGUUAGUGCACAGUACGGAGGACACACACCGGCUACACAAACGGAGCAAAGAGGUUGGAAUCCAGAUGCAAGAUGAGUUACUUAAGGUCACCACUGAGCUGCAGACGGCCUUGAAGACAUACAACCAGUACCACACUGACUGCCUGAUAGCUGAGGGAAAACUGAAGGAGGCUGAGCGGUUGGAAGAGAGGCACACUGGCAAGUCAGCUGAGCUCGGCCUCGGCCAAUCAGGAGGGCAAAGGCGGAGCUCCGUCAAAAAGAUGGAGAGAUUAAUGGAGAAGAGGCAUGGCCGAGUGCAGGAGACCCAGCUCAAGUGUACUAAGGCCCGAAAUGACUACCUGCUCAAUCUUGCUGCAGCCAAUGCAGCCAUGAACAAGUACUACCUGCAGGAUGUCAGCACUCUCAUUGACUGUUGCGACUUGGGUUUCCAUCAAUCCGUGGAGAGGGUAAUGAAGUGCUACAUGGCUAGUAGGUGGCGCAUCCAAAAGACAGAGGAGGCAGGGCUGAAGCAGUUGGAGGCCGCCGUCACGUCGCUGGACCAGGGCGGAGACAGAGAUGCACUGCUCCAGCAGCAUGACUCAGCCUUCUGCCUUCCAUUUAGGUUUAACUACCACCCGCAUGAGGGCGACCAGGUGUGUGAGGUGAGUGCGGAGAGUCAGGUGAGGUACGAGAUGGAGACCAGAUUUCAACAGCUUCAGUCUCGACUAGCCGCUGUCACAUUGGAAACAGAAGAGGUCAGUAAAACUCUCAAAGCGACACUCACAGCCCUGCUGGACUCUAUGUGUGACAGCGACUGCAACCCCACCCCUGAUGUGCCCAGCAACCUAUUACAUGAGCCCCCCGGAGCAGGCUCCGUCCCAAAACUUACCCUCGCUAAGCGUCGAGCCAAUCAACAGGAGACAGAGACCUACUAUUUUAUAAAAGUGAAGGAGUUUCUCACCAGUAGUUCUCUGACUUUCAAACUUCAAGCCAAGCAUGAUCUACUACAAGAUGCAAUACAGAAAGCUGAGGCCGUCAACACAGACCCCUCCAGAGCUCAGUGUGCUCGCUCGGUGCGAGUUCGGAAGUCCAGACCCAUUUCCCAAUUUUGCCACACGCUCUUCAGCACAGAUAUACUGUCUUACAUAAAGAGCUCCGGCCAGCAGAUCCCUGUGGUGGUUGAAAGCUGCAUCCGCUUCAUAAACCUCCACGGUCUCCACCAUGAAGGAAUAUUCCGAGUUCCUGGGUCACAAAGAGAAGUUAAUCUGAUCAAGGAUGCAUUUGAGAGAGGAGAAGACCCUCUGUCUGAUAGUGAGUGUGACCUGGACUCUGUGGCCGGGGUAUUGAAGCUUUACUUCAGGGGCCUCGAGCCUCCCCUCUUCCCCUAUGAUAGCUACUUGCAGCUGCUGGAGUGUGUCCAAAUUGAAGAUAUGGCGGAAAAAGCAGCACAGAUCAGAGCAAUAGUCUCUGCCUUUCCACGACCUCUCCUCAUCGUAAUGCGAUACCUUUUCGCAUUCCUCAAUCACGUGACUCAGUACAGUGAUGAGAACAUGAUGCAGUCUUACAACCUGGCCGUCUGCUUUGGCCCGAGCCUGCUGAGAGGGGUUGAUUCGGAUGAUGCCGUUGCACGGCAGCCACAGGUCAAUGACCUUGUCAAAACCAUGAUACUCCAGCAUGAUGUCAUAUUCCCUGGCCAAUCAGAGUUGCCAGGUGCUAUCUAUGAGAAGCACAUGACUCUGGAGCAGGAAUAUUGUGAACCAAUCACAGAGGAGGGAGAUGGAGAGGCUGAACAUCUGCCCAGUGAGGACGAUUCGGAAGCUGUGGCAAUGUUCGACUACACAGCGAGAUCACCGGCAGAGCUGUCCUUCAAGCAGGGAGAGCUUCUUAUUCUUCACAGCAAGGCCUCUUCUGAUUGGUGGAGGGGUGAAGCAGGAGGGGUCAAAGGUCUCAUCCCACACAAGUACAUCAGUGUCCUGGAAGGGUCAGAGAGAGGAAAAAGAGAUGAAGGAGGAGGAGGUGGCGGCAGCACUGGAAAUCUGUCGGCAGAUGAUCCUCAUACAGAGAACACCGUUCGGAUGCGGGUGAACAGCGAUGGCGCUUCGUUGCCUGGGCGACAAAGAGGAAGUGAUGGAAGCCCUGGUCGAAAGCCACCAACCUCCCCGGCUGCACGCCAUCUGCCAGUGUCUCAGGAGCGAAGACACACGCUGGACACUGUGAGACAGGCAGGGUUCAAACCUGCGGACAGACCCGCAUUUGUUCAGGCAGACAGGACGACGGCUGACAAGGAGAUGAUCAGUCGCCAGAUGAACUCUGUGUUCAAGGAGCUCCUGUCUCGACAGCCGCCCAUGCAGCCGCCAACCCUCCCAGCCACGGCCACCCCUGCUCCCCCUUCUUCUUCCUCUUCCGCCUCCACCUCCUCCCCUUCCACUCCCCUCCCUCAAGCUGCCCCCACUGCCAAAAAAGUGGGCUUUGGUAUCCGAGGACGGGCCCUUUUCCGGCCUGUGGACUGACAUACCCUAAAACUGGAUGGAUGAUUGAAAGUAUAGAUUUCAUGCUUGAGGAUGAAUAUACUGUCAUGCAUUCUGGGAAAAUCUUGAUUUAUUUUUAGGAUGUAUGUAUAUAUUUAAGUCUGUGCCAUCUCAUAGUGCCACAUGGCGCUGUAUUGCAGUAUGUCUUGUGUGUUUCUUCAACUGUUUUUGGUCUUCUUCUUCUUUUCCCCCAAAUGUGCAAGUCUGGUUUUGGUCUCCUUUUUUUGAGAAUCAGGGAUGUGUUCUGUCUGGUGUGAAGGAAUAUUAGGGCCACACUGAAAAGAAAAACAAAAAAGUAUAAUGUCUUGUAAAAAUCAAGCUUGAAAUGUUAUCAGGAAAAAAGUAAUUGCAGGAGUAAAGUCUGGGUUUUGUCCAAAAAAGCUUGUUUAUAUUUGUAAUAUUACAACUUUAUUCAUACAAAAUUAAAACAACUUUUUCCUCAUACAAUGAAAAGAACCCAACUUUAUUCUUGUAAAAAUGUUAAGCUUUUUUCUCAUAUAACAACUUUAUGAGUUUGUCUUUAUAAUAUCUAUUUCUCAUAAAUCUUUAUGAAUCUUUACUCUCAAGAUAUUCUCUCUUUAGUCUCGUAACUUUAGUCUGGUUAAUCUAUGACUUUAUUCUCGCUGCAGUAUUUUUUUUCCCUUUAUAGUAUGGCCCUAAUACUCCGUCAUAGUUAUUCUGUGAUAUGAAAAUAAAUUGGUUGACAUGGUUAAUGUCAGCAAAAGACUGUCCCCUAGUGGCUGGUUAUGAAAAAUCAAAUGCUGACCAAUAUAGAAGAAGGAAAAAAGACAGCCAAUAUGAGGCCUGUGUCAAGGAGUGCCUCUGUGUUAUUUUUACGCUUUCAAUUUUCUCUUAAUUUCAAGUCUUUUUACAAUGUGUGACCUGAAAAGAUGUUUGCAUUGCUGUUUACAGUUGUGUCAAUUAAUGAAAGAGCAUGCAGUGAUUUGACAAACUCAUGUUGGGAAAAAAACGACAACAUUCCAUUUCAUAUGUGAUACAUGGCCGACAAGGCAAAACUCAGGGCUUUGCAGAGUUAAGAUGGGCUGACUCAGGUUUGCCUUUGAAAGAAUUAAGUGGCUUUUCAUGGCUUCUUUCAAGCUGUGCAUGAGCCAAAACUGCCCUUAUGUCAGGGGAGAACUCGUGACUUCUGGCUUUAACUGUGAAUAUGACAACAAAGCUUGGGAAUCUCACUCUAACUACACUCACACACACUGAAAAAUAAAUAAAUAAAUACAUCAAUCAAUAAAUCACUAUAUAAUGUGUGUGCGUGUGUGUGUGUGUGUGUGUGUGUGUAUUGGCAUCCACAGAAGAUCAAGAGGUGUAUGAUGUUAUCUACUUUGAUUCCAAACACUUGAGAUGGUUUGACAUGUAUCGCGUCUCUCUUCUGUUAUGUUUUAGUAGAAACAUAAAUGUAAUAGUUUCCUUGUUUUACAAAAUUAAAGCACCCUUUAUUCAAAAUCACUUUGAUAAUGUCACCAGAUUUAAAGUGUAAAAUAAAGGUAUAUGUGUGGGGAAAGAAACUACGAUGACAAUAAAAGAUGGAGUGAUGACUUUUAA